AUGGAUUUUCCCAAUAAAAUAUUAUCUGAGUCUGAUUUUCUUAAUGAACUGUUUUCUUUGAUAAACAGCACUUAUGAUGGUUCAAACUAUUCGCUCCCUUGGUGGUUAUUUUCUGACUACGAGUACGAUUAUUUGACAAACCAGACGACAAACGCUGAAAACAGUUCCGAUUCAAUGUGGUUUUUGUCAGACGACGAACUCGGCGUCAAUAUCCUAAAAUAUUUCAACGUAAUAUAUGUCCCGUUUAUUGUCAUUUUUGGAAUGUUAGGUAACGCUCUUUCAUUUAAAGUAUUCUUCUUCAGUCGGCUUAAGCUGCGAUCAUCCAGUCAAUACUUGGGCUGCUUAGCGGUCUCAGAUUUUGGCUAUUUGUCUAUGGUUCUGAUUACUUACUUUCAAAGCCAACAAUAUCCGGCUCUCAACUACGACGUAGUUUGCAAAUGUGUCCAGUACUUGUCUUCUGUCUUCAGCUGUUGGUCCGUAUGGUUAAUCGUGUCUUUUACUGUGGAGCGUUUUCUGGCUGUAAAAUUCCCACUUUUAAGACCCCGACUGUUAAGGCCUUCUCGAGCACGACUUGUUAUUUCACUCACAGCUUUUAUGAGCAUCUUGUUAAAUUCUUACAUCAUACUUUUCGCUGGAAUCUCACGGUUACCGGACACAAAUCUGCUCCAGUGUGACGUCCUCCAACAGUAUGAAAGUAUGUGGAUAUACACAAAUCUGGCCGACAUGAUUCUCACCCUGCUGAUUCCAGUUAUCCUGAUCGUAUCGAUGAAUUUCAUGAUUAGUUAUGUUCUGUACACGUUUCGUGUUGAUCACAAGGAAGUUAAAGAUCCAAAUUUUCGGCAGUCUUUUUCCCUUCAGAAAACAAACGUAUCUCAAACCAACGAUUCUGUUAGACACUCAGCUUUUGCUGACAUCAACCAAGUCAAGGUUACCCGAAUCAUCCUGCUGAUUUCAUCAGUUUUUGUUAUACUAAACCUCCCCAGCUAUACCAACAGAGUGUACGCAUCGAUCCUCCUUCUACGAGGGAGUAACUCGUCCCAGGCUCUUUUCAUUUUUCACCAAUGGUCAAUGUUGCUUUUUUACACUAAUUUCGCUAUCAAUUUUCUUCUUUACAAUUUCAGCAGUCGGUUGUUUCGUCGUAUUAUAAAAGACGAUUUUUUUAAAUUAUUUCUGAAAAUGAAAUCCUUGGUAACAGUUCCCAUCGAUUUUCUGAUGCUGUGUAAACUAGGUCCACGUGAAACCUGA